AAUGAUUCAUCGCGAAAACUACAGUUUAGAGGAGAUCCUCAGAGGCACUAUCAGUAGUGAUAAUGAGGAUAGAAAUAUGGCUGAAAACCUCUUCUUAGUAAAAAUCAAUGAAAAGGAUCAAAUACGUAACCUCAUGAACCUUAUCCAUGAGGAAAACAAUGAUGUAGCCUUCAUAGCUACUGUACAACUGGGUAAUAUAAUCAAGACAAAUUAUAAAGGAUUAAUGGCUACUGAAGCCAUUCAUGGCUCUUAUACUAAAAUAAUAGCUGAUGAUACACCAGAGAUCAACCCUUUUGCUUCAAAGAAAGCAGAGAUAGAGCCUUCAGCCAUAAAUUUAUGCGAGGAGGACAGGCUAUUCUUAAGAGAAAGUAUCUUAGAAUCUUUGAUGAUGCUUCACUCAAAACAAGAAGAUACUAAGUUCAAUGUCUUAUUGACUGCCUACGUUACAGCUAUAGAGAACGAACUGCCAGGUAGCUUGUCUGAGCUACUUCCCCAGAUCCAAAAGAUGCUGACCACCGAAGAAUUCUCACCAACAUUCGUAGCCUUGAAGAUUUUCAAGAAGAUAUUUAAGGUUGUUACUGAAAAAUAGUAUGCUUCAGUUCAUCCAAGAAUGAGGUGACCUCCUUCAAGCUAUUGAGGGAAUAUUAGCAAGGUCUGUUGGACAGUCUGAGUCAGAUAUAUUACAGGUGAAAAGUCUGGCAAUUUCAAUCCUUAGUAAGCACUUAGUGAAGGAAAGGGUCAAGCUUCUCAUGCCUUUGCUUAGUAAAGAAAUUUCAUACUAUGAACAAGUCUCUAGUGAAUUUACAGAUAAUAAGCAUAAAGAGAUAAUGCUUGAUGCUUCCAAGAGGGUAGUCAACUUCUUCUCCCAAGUAGCCAUCUAUUAUGGUACCAUCGAUGAAUGAGAAUAUGAUGCUUACCCAGUCGUCUACGAGUUCACUUCAAAAUACUUUGUCAAGAUACUCCAGUUCUGAUUCCAAUGCUGUGAGCAUGUGGGUCGUGGUAGCGAAAAACUACUAAUAGAGGCCAUCAAGUUCAUCACAAACUCUUUCUGAAGGAAAAGGAUAUGUUUCAGUACCCCAAGACAAGCACAGGGAACAAAACAUGAAGAUUUGCUUACAGAGGAAGAUAUUUUUAAACCUUGUUGAGAUCUAAUCCAGAAUUCCCUCCUAAAGUAUCUUAUGCUGACCAAAAAUGAGGAAACUCAGUUUUCAGACAACCCCACUGAGUUCUUUAAUCUUAACAGGACAGAUGCUGAAGACAUCGAGACCGUCAGAAAUGUUGUGAUUGACUUAAUCAUCGGUGUCACCCACUUUAAAAAUAUUAGAGAAGACAACUACCCUUGCAUGGAGAUCCUAUUUGAGUUCUGCUACAGCCAUAUUGUCUCAAUGAUUGAAGAUGAGACUAUAGACUACAGGCAAAAAGAUGUUCUGAUAACAAUGUUCGCAUGCCUGGCAUCUAAAGUAGUAGCUGUAGAUUACGAGUUAGAAAAAUGUCAUACUCUUCUUGAAGGUUUUUCCAAGUUCUUACUCACUGGAAAUGAUUCAGUUCAAGACCAAAUUCUUAAGUACAGGAUUUUAUGUGUGUUUGAGGAUUACAAAUUUAUAAGCUAUAACCAGGAGACGAUGAAAAAUCUUUGAUACUUCUAUUCAAAGCUACUUGGAACUGAGCAAGAAUACUCCCAAAGCGAUGAGAUCAUACAGAGAAGUAUAAGCUAUUCAAAUUGUUUGAAAAUCCAAGCUGCUAAGACCUUUGCUGAGCUUGACUCUGACUUAGUUAAGCAAGUCUGAAGUGAUGAGAUACUCAAAUCGGUCCUCAAGCUGUACAUAGAUCUCAUCUGUCUUAACAACACAGAACUUUUGUUCGGAUUCCAAGCUUUUAUGGAGAACUACUCCUUAUUCUUAGAACAGUUCUUGGGCGAAAUAUUGAUAGAGAUGCUAGACCGAGCCAAAGUAUCAGAAGGAGGUAAUAAGUAUGGAUAUCUGCUUAUUCUUUCUCUCUUAAUGAUCAACCUGACUUGUAAUCCACCCUUACUAAAAUUCUUGUUGCCAAAUUUUACUGAUUUCUUCAAAGAUCUACUACAGAGAGACGAUGAAGAUAGCUUCAUGAUCAUUAUCGAUUGUUUAUCAGAGGUCCUGGAUUCACUAGAUUGAGUCCCUAUAGAGAUCUGAAGCAUCAUACCCACUAUUCUCAAGUGAGUGUACCACCAAGAAUUAUCUGGGAUAGCUAGGCUUGGGUUUAACCACAUUCCCCAAAUCAACGAUCUUGUGAAGAAAGUUAUCAAAGCAGACCCAGAAAUUAUUUUUGAGAAAGAGUUUGAAGGAACAACCAUAUUCCAGGCGGUAAGCCACAUGAUCCUUCAAGUUUAUCAGAUCUGUACUAAGGCUCAGCUAGUCUCUGAAGCUAUGUCUGUGUCUAACCUAAUAGCUGAUUUGCUAGACCUCGGGAGAAGAAUGGAUGUUGCUCUCCCAGACUUUGUAACAGAGAUGCUCAAAUUCAUCGCUCAACCUUUUGUAACCUUAUUUCAUAAGAAGGAAAUCACUAUAUAUUUAGCCUGAAUGCUGGAAGCUAACCAGCCUUUGGUGAUAUCAACAGUACAAAACCUAGAUACAGAGCCUCUAGAUGAGUUUGUGAUGUGUAUACUCAAAAAUCCUCUCACAGUCAAAGCUGAUCAUUGUGAAGAUGAUUUCUUGCCUUUUUCAGAUCCAUUUGGAUCACCAUUUUCGGAAUAAAGCCUUAACCAAGGAUUAAGUCAUUACAAAGAUCGUCAGCUGGGAAAUCUCAUGAUUAAAUUUCACUAAAA